UGGAGGGCUAAAAAGUCAUAAGGGGAAAUGGAAAAAAAAAAUGUGAUGGAGAGAGCGUAGGAAGAAAGCAGGAAGGGGGGAAGGCACAGAAGCAAUUUUGGUAGAAAAAGAGAGACACAGUAAAAGCAUGCUAAUAAGGUUGCAUCCUCUUGCUGGUGUUGGAGCAGCUCAAUCUCUUCGUUUCUUUGCUUCUGCUGCUGCUUCUUCGCUCCCAAUCUUUCUUUCAACAAAACAGAAACCAUCUUUCUUCUCUCUCCGUCGAUUCUCUGCCAUGGCUGACCAAUUCGUCAACGGCACCGUUCACCCUAACGGCGUCGCUGUCAUCACCCUCGAUCGUCCCAAAGCUCUCAACGCCAUGAACCUAGAAAUGGAUGUGAAGUAUAAGAGUUAUCUGGAUGAAUGGGAAUCGGACCCGAGGGUUAAAUGUGUCUUGGUCGAUAGCAGCUCGCCUCGUGCCUUUUGUGCUGGUAUGGAUAUUAAAGGGGUUGUUGCUGAAAUACAAAAGGACAAAAGUGGUGAUGUGAAGCAGAUAACAUUUAAAAAGCAUCUGUCAGAUAUUAUUGAGGUCUUCUUGGCUGAGUAUUCUUUGAUAUGCAAAAUUGCUGAGUACAAGAAGCCAUAUAUUAGCCUUAUGGAUGGAAUAACAAUGGGCUUUGGAAUUGGUUUGUCUGGUCAUGGACGCUACCGUAUCAUUACAGAGAGAACUGUACUUGCAAUGCCAGAAAAUGGAAUUGGCUUGUUUCCUGAUGUGGGUUUUGCUUACAUAGCUGCUCAAAGCCCAGGGGAAGGAUCUGUUGGUGCUUAUCUUGGAUUGACUGGAAAGAGGAUCUCUGCUCCUUCUGAUGCAAUAUAUGUUGGCCUUGGAACACAUUAUGUGCCAUCUGGAAAGUUAGGUUCAUUCAAGGAGGCCCUUUUGGCAAACAACUUUUCCCAGGAUGCACAUCAGGACAUCAAAGUACUUUUAGCAAGAUACGAGUCCAACCCUGAGAGUGAGGCACCACUGAAAUUGCUUUUACCUCAGAUAACAUCUGCAUUUGGAGGAGAUAAAUCAGUUACCGAGACAAUUGAAGAGCUAAGUAAACACCAGUCAAGUACUGACUCAAAUGUUGUCGAGUGGGCUAAUGAAGCUCUCCAAGGCCUUGGGAAAGGUGCUCCUUUCUCCCUUGUCUUGACCCAAAAGCACUUCUCUGCAGUAGCUUCUGCACUAGGGAAAACCGACAGUGAGUUAUCCACGCUUAGUGGAGUAAUGAAAACUGAGUACCGAAUUGCUUUAAGGUCUUCAUUGCGACAUGAUUUCGCAGAAGGUGUCAGAGCAGUAUUGGUGGACAAGGAUCAGAAUCCCAGGUGGAAACCAUCAAGGUUAGAGGAAGUUGAUGCCAGUGAAGUGGAAGCCGUCUUUAAACCAUUAGGGUCCGAGGUUGAGGAAUUGAGUGUGUAAUUUUAGAAAGUGACUGUAGUUUCGUCUUCUCAUAAUUAUGCAUUACAGACUUGUAGACACUGCAUCAAAUAAACGGGUGGUGUUAUCAUUGGCUCUGGGUCGAGGUGCGGGUCCUAUGUGUUGCAUGUACUGUUUUCACUGUGAUGAUUUAUUAAUAUAGCACAUGAUGUUGGAAACCGAUGGACGAUGUUGCUUCUAGUUAUCAUGGAACCGCAUGGAAGAAAUCAAGCCAUUUUUUUUCUUUAUCUCGUACUUUCUUCCACAUCGAAGAAUUGUCCCCAGAUUCUACGUGUAAUAGUUGCGUGAACACGUCUUUCAGUCUUUGUAUUGGCCAGUCUUUUGAAUAAAGAGCUUUAGCUUCACAGAAA